GUGGCGGCGGCGGGCGGCUGGCUCGGGGUGACGCUGCCAUGGUCUCUCCCACCGGCUACGCAGAGCGCCUGAACAUCCAGUUUGUGUCUGCCCAGAGCCGCACUGGCCUGCUCACGGCCCAGGAGGCCCAGCACGUCCGGCAGCUGCAUGAGGAGAACCGGCAGUUCCUGCGCAUCCCUCGGAGGCCAUAUUGGGAUAGGACAACCAGUUCUGAAGACUUGAAGCAAGCUGAGAGAGAGAGCUUUCUUGAGUGGAGGCGACAGCUUGCCCACCUUGAGGAAGAAAAAAAGUUAAUUCUAACCCCAUUUGAAAGAAAUCUGGAAUUUUGGCGUCAGCUUUGGAGAGUCAUUGAAAGAAGUGAUAUUGUUGUCCAGAUUGUGGAUGCUAGAAACCCCCUUCUGUUUAGAUGCCAAGAUCUGGAAAGUUAUGUUAAGGAAGUCAGCAAUGACAAGGAGAACAUGAUCCUGAUAAACAAAGCAGAUUUGCUGAGUGAAGAGCAGCGGGCUGCCUGGGCGCAGUUCUUUGAGAAGGAGGGUGUUAAAGUGGUGUUCUGGUCGGCGUUGGCAGAGAGCAGGCGGCUCUCUGGAGAAGUAAAGGAACUGGAUGCUGACAGUGUAGCAGAUGACCUGAGUGAUUCUGAGGAGGAAAGUUCCAGUCAAGAAGAAGAUGUCACUGCAGAAGAUAGUGCAGAAAGCAUAUCCACAGGCAGUGCUUUGCAAAGUGAAAACCAGUGUUUGCUUUUUGACGAUGACAGUAGUGAUGAAUAUGAAGACUGUGAAGAUGAUGAAGAGGAUAACUGGCAAACCUGUUCUGAAGAUGAAGGUGGGGACAAAGUAAAUGCUAUUGCCCCAAAGUGCAUGGAAAGCACAACUGAUACUGUUGCAGUGCAGCAUGUAGUGCAAGAGCAGAACAGGAAUGUCAAGAACUUUAGCCAUCUGGUACAGAGAAAUGAGCUACUGGAGAUAUUCAAAACCCUGCACAGUGGACCAAGGGUGAAGGAUGGGGAAGUAAAUGUUGGACUGGUGGGUUACCCUAAUGUUGGCAAAAGUUCAACAAUCAACACAAUUCUUGGAGAUAAGAAGGUGUCGGUGUCUGCAACACCAGGCCACACGAAGCACUUCCAGACUCUGUAUGUGGAGCCUGGCCUGUGCCUCUGUGAUUGCCCUGGUCUGGUGAUGCCAUCGUUCGUCUCCACCAAAGCAGAGAUGAUUUGUUCUGGAAUUCUGCCUAUAGACCAGAUGAGGGAUCAUGUUCCACCCAUUUCUUUAGUUUGCCAGCAUAUCCCACGAAACAUUUUGGAAGCGACCUAUGGAAUAAGUAUCAUCAGGCCAAGGGAAGAUGAGGAUCCAGAUCGAAAACCAACAGCUGAAGAGCUUCUAACAGCAUAUGGAUAUAUGAGAGGCUUUAUGACAGCCCAUGGACAGCCAGACCAACCGAGAUCAGCUCGAUAUGUGCUAAAAGACUAUGUCAGUGGGAAGCUGUUAUACUGCCAUCCACCUCCUGGCAUUGACCCAGAUGGUUUUCAGCACCAGCAUGAAAGGUGUCCAGGGAGCAGAACUGUCCAAGCCAGUGGACCAGAGAAGCCUACAAAGAAUACCAAAGCAAAACAAAUUGAAAAUGUGGUGGACAAAUCAUUUUUCCACCAGGAGAACGUUCGUGCUCUGAUGAAAGGCGUCCGGGCUACGAUGGGAUACCGGCCUGGCAGUGGCCUUGUGUCUGUGCCUGCACACAAUGCUGGGAGUGUGGUAGGAAAGCCCUGGAAAAAACACGGCAACAGGAACAAGAAGGAGAAAGUUCGCAGGAUCACUAAGCAUCUGGAGAAUUAGCCAUGGCCCCAGUACCCUGCCUUGCCAGGGCAGGCUCAUCACUGUCCUGCAGGCGUGGACUAUGGGAAGAAUUUUAAGUGGGCAUCACUAGCUCACUUUUGGAACUCUGCGCUGUGGGUUGGCCUGGGCAGGGGAUAAGAAUGGGUUCUGAUACUUUGGAGCUCAUCUUUUCUGAGAGAAAAAAAUUGGGCCUGGCCACUUGUAUUACUUGGAAGCCAGCCCAGGCAUUUGGGCACUGCUGAGAUGUCCUUUCAACGGAAGCAGAUGGAGCUGUGCAGGAGUGUUUUUUCCUUAAGCAAGCCCUGUAAAACUGACUAAAAUCUUUAUAAACCAUUGAAUCUUAAUGAGUGAUGUUUGUUACCUUCUGAGAUGGUAUUGCUCAUCUCCUGGUUUGUUUGUUUGUUUUUUUAAAGCUUGCUUGUUGAUUUGACAGGACACUUGAGUGUGCUGAAAAAUUACUUCAAAGAUUUUUAUUGCCAUCUUCCUUUUCUACUCAGCCCUAUUUUAUGUAGUCCUACUGUGAAACCAGCCUUUCCUUCACACUGAGCUGGCAUCAGUUGUUUUUGUGAUUUCCUGUUGGUAAUUUAAAACACUCUUUUCCAUGUGGCUGUCAAAAAAUAUGCUGGUGCUCAUUUAUCCUAAAACAUGGUGAGGAUUUUACUUUGCA